UACAAAUCGAAUAACGAAUGAGAAUAGCACUGCCAUCACUAGCCAUAAAUAAAAACAAAAAACAUCUUGCGAUAUGAAGACGUCAUCACCAGCUCUUAAGUACCUUUUGGAGAAGGAUGUGCAGGUGUCCAAGCACUUUGUUGUGGCCGUCUCCAACCUGUCCGUCUUUAAGUCCCUGCGGAUUCACAGCCGAUUCCUGGAGAUAUCCUGCGAUGGAAUCGCCUGGUUUGUCUCAUGGAUUGCGUUUAUCUGGCUGCUCAGCUCGAAGAGCCUGUAUCAGAUGCAAGUGAAUAUGCUUUUUGGACUGGUACUCGAUGUUUUUAUAGUGGCCGUGCUGAAGGCGCUCGUUCGGCGCAGAAGACCGGUUGCCAACAAGGAUAUGCUGACCAUUGGGCCGGAUAAGUUCAGUUUUCCCUCUGGCCACGCCUCCAGGGCCUUCUUCGUGCUCCUGUUCUUCACCAAGCUGUAUCCCCUCCACGUCAUUUUCUGGCUACCGCUCACAGCUUGGGCCGUGAGCGUCGCCAUUUCGCGACUCAUUCUUCAACGUCACUAUAUUUUGGAUAUUUGCGCUGGAGCCGCCAUCGGAAUUCUGGAGGCAUUAAUCAUUGGAUUUCUGUGGGUCAGCGAGGAGACCGCCUUCAGCAUCGUUGGCUUCGUUACGGAGGAAACUGUCGACAGUAUGGAGUAACCAACAUUUUAGUUACAGUCCCGAAAGCAAUAGAUAAUCUCUAAAUCUGUACUUGUGCUUUUACCAAAUACAUUGUUAAUGUUAAAAACAAA